UAUCUGGUGGAUUGUUUUGGAGCAGUCACUGAACUGAUGAAGUUUGUUUCUGGAUGCUAGUGAAGCGAUGUGAACACAGCCGUCUGUAUAGAAGCAAUUCCUGCCCUGCAGAGGCUCCAGCGAGCUCGGCACGGGCCGCGGCCCUCCACACGCCUGGCCGGCCCCAUGCCCGACCACGCGGACGUCAGCCUGCCCCCGGAGCAGCGUGUCCGGGGCUUGAUCCAGAUGGGAAGCAUCGUGGAGGUGAACGAGGAAGUCCCGCCGCGCAGGUACUACCGCUCCGGAGUGGAGAUGAUCCGGAUGGCGGCGAUCUAUUGCGAGGAAGGCAACAUCGAACGGGCCUUCAUGCUGUACAACAAGUACAUCACGCUCUUCAUAGAGAAGCUGCCCAAGCAUCGCGAUUACAAAACUGCUGUUAUUCCAGAGAAGAGAGAGACAGUGAAAAAACUAAAAGACGUUGCAUUUCCUAGAGCUGAAAAACUGAAAGAGGAGCUUUUAGAAAAAUACAACAAAGAAUAUGCAGAGUACAAUGUACAGAAGAAGAAGCAGGAAGAAGAGUUUGCGCACAGCCUGGCUCUGCAGCAGCAGCUGGAGGAGGAAAGGCGAAGAGUGGCCCUGAUGAAGCAGCAGCAGGCAGAGCAGGAGCAGUUCAGCGCCUUCGAGGAGAUGAUCCGACGCCAAGAGCUGGAGAAGGAGCGCCUGAAAAUUGUGCAGCAGUUUGGGACACCUGCCGCUGAAUCCUCGGAAGGCCCCUUGAUACCUGGAAUGGUCAUGCCUCCCACCGACCCGGAGAUCCUCGGCCCCCGGAGCCCCAGCGGGGGCGGUGUGCCGCCAAAGGCCCCGACUGUGGACAGGUCCCUGAAGCCUGGCGCAUUGGGGAACCUCAGAAACAAUGCUGCCAUAGAAGGACUUCGCCAUGUUAUUGUCCCGAGGGAGCUUUGCCAUAAAUUUCUUCAGCUGGCAGAUGCAAACACCGCACGGGGCGUGGAGACCUGCGGGAUCCUUUGUGGAAAGCUGGUGAGGGACGAGUUCACAGUGACCCACGUCAUCGUCCCCAAGCAGUCAGGGGGGCCCGACUACUGCAACACGGAGAAUGAAGAGGAGCUCUUCGUGAUCCAGGACCAGUGCAGCCUCAUCACCUUGGGGUGGAUCCAUACCCACCCGACCCAAACAGCGUUCCUUUCCAGCGUGGACCUGCACACACACUGUUCCUACCAGAUGAUGAUGCCCGAGUCCGUAGCUGUUGUCUGCUCACCGAAAUAUCAAGAGACAGGAUUCUUUAAAUUGACGGAUCACGGCAUGGAAGUGAUCUCUUCCUGUAGGCAAAAAGGCUUCCAUCCACACUGCAAAGAUCCUCCUCUCUUCACUACCUGCAACCACGUGACCGUCAUGGAGCGCGAAGUGGUGGUGCUGGACCUUCGGUAGAGCAGAUGCUUCCCUGCGAGCCCGCCUGUUAACAUAGCUAACUAGGACCCAUCUAUGCAGCCAUUCCUAAGAGUUUACCUGCGGUUUUGCAUUCCCUUGGAUCCCCUGCUGUUGUUGAACUUGGGGGUCCGGAGGAGGACAACUGAAUUCAAGGGGAAAAUGUGUAUAUGUAUGUAUAUAACUUGCGCUGACACUAAACCUUGAUUCAGCUAGCCUUCUGCUGAUCACACUCCUCAGGCUGUGCUCUGCCAAACUGUACUCCCAGGCACAAAGGCGGAAUUGGAUCCAUUAAAGACCCUUUAAAAGGAGGCCUGCAGACUUCAGGCUCAUCAAAACAUAUCCCUUGGGAUUCUCUCCAAUACUCUUCAGUAUUGAUGGGACGCCUUUGGCAGAUGCCUGGAGUUUUCAGGCUCAACAAUACGGUGCCACAAUUCAGAAUAAUAUUUACACUAGGGGGGGGGGAAUUAUGUGGGGAGAAGAUUGUGCCAUUUUGUUUCUUUAAGGAAAAUGACAGUCGCUUCAGGCGUUCUUUCCAGGGAAGAGGUGGUGAGCUUGGGAAAAGGAAUCCAGAGAAGAGGAUUCAUAAAAUAGCUCCUCCGUGCCAUUCCUAGUGAGCUCUGCUCUAGGAUGCUGCUGCGCGUUGGUUGUGCUAGGAGCAUUCAGUCCCAGCAAGUGCCAGAAUGAGCUGUGCACUGGAUUAUCUCACUCCAGGGCACAGUCCUGGGCGUGGUUGGACAGGAAGAAUUCAGCAAAUUUCUGUGCACCCAGCUAGCCAUUUAUAAGACUAGGGCUGCUGUCUAAACAUAUUUAGGGUUGGCACCACCUUAUGCAAGUAUGCCAGGGCUCAGUUAAUACAUCUGCACCUAUAAAAAGUGUGUGUGUGUGUGUGUGUGUGUGUGUGUGUGUGUGUGUGAAAGAGAGAGCGAGUGAGCGAGCGAGUACACAUGCAGUACACUCAGGAUGCAUGUGAAUUCCAUCCAUCUGCCUAGUUUUUUCCAGUCUGGACAAUGGAAAUGAGUUGGUAUGAUCUAAGAGCAAACCUUUCCUUUCAGCUAAGAAACAUUGCAAGAAUUAUUCUGCACGUGCCUGGGAAUCAUACAGGAUAGUAGUUCUGCAGGUGUGCUAGUUCUUGCCAUCAGUCUAUCAAGAAUAAGUAAUUCCAAACACUUGUACCUCAAUUUUUUUUGGUGAACUUUGUUAAAUUUGGCGCGUGGCAUGACCUGAGCACUGGCUUCAGAGAGGGCCAGUGCAGCAGCUUUGCACCUACUGUCCUGCAUUGCAAUGCAUCUGAAAUGAAAAUUCACCUGAUCUGAGCCUAGCAAUGCAUUUCAGGUUCGGGAGUGGCUCACAGCAACAAUUAGCGGGCAGUGGCUGCAAAGUUGCGGUCCCCGUGACCCCCCCGGACCUUCUGCCACUGGCCAUAUGAAGAGCAGGCCUGUGACCUGCGGGCCAGCUCAAAACUCUCGUUCUGCAUGCUGGUGGUUCCAUCUCGGUAUAUGAAAUGUAUAUGCAUCCCUGUGUAUGGAGCAGGCAGGCCUGUCUGAGAAUUCGGUGCCCAGAGCUAGUCUUCAUCCGCUCCUUCCUCUGCUCGUGCGUGCGCAUCACUGCUGUUCGAAAUCAUCCUGCCAGGAAUUCUGCACACGCUGCUGACUGUGUCUUUGCUACCUGAUCAGAUCUGAUUCUCCACUUGGGGUAUAUGGUGCUGUAUCAAAACAUAUUCUCAGAUGUAUAUGAGAUUGAAUGAUCUCACGUUCUCUGAAAAUAAACUAAUUUUGCGCUUUGCAAGUAGGGCAACCCAGACCAAGCCCUUCCUUGUACCACAUA